AUGCGCAGUAGUUACCACAAUGGUGCGCGAUGCGCAAGACGGACGUAGCGGUUGUUCGAACACUAGUCUCAAGUAUAGCUGUCGUUGAUAGAUUGCAUCGAGAGUAGUUUGUUGUUGGCGUGAUUUGUUGCCGUGGCGUUGCACAUCUGGUUGCAAAAGCUACGACGCGUAAUGCCAGCAUUCGGCAUCACGGUACUCGUUACGUAGAUCGGUUCGUCGUAGGAGGAACAACAGAUGAAUAUUUCUAACCGAACAGCGUGACCUAAUCGAACAAAAUGUGGAGUCCGACACACGUUCAAGUGACAGUUCAAAGAGCGAAGAACUUGUUAACCAAAGGAAAACAUAAGACCAAUGAUUGUUUCGUGACAAUCGCCCUUGGGAAAGAAAAAUACCAAACGUCCGUGAAGGAGAAGGCCUCGAAAGACGUGGAAUGGCACGAAGAAUGCGAAUUGCUUAUUCCGGAACAAGGAAACACCGCGGAAAUAGUGCUUACUGCUCUUCAUCGUAACUUCUUGGGAGUUGACGAGUUUCUCGGCACGAUCAGCAUACCCCUUUCCAGCUUCGACGUAUACGAGAGACCGAAAAAUAGAUGGUAUACUCUUGGAAGUAAACCAGGGAAGGAGAAUACGAAAGAAAGAGGAGAACUCGAAGUAAAAAUAAGCUUCAUCGUGAAAGCUGGCAGUUUGACCGACUUGAGCCUUAAAGAACGGCACAAGAGUUCUCUCGGUCAGUUAUCUACAGCAGCUCAUUCGAUUGGUGGCAGUCUUCUGAGUAUAGGUAGCUUCGAGAAACGUAAGGGUUUAAAAAAGUUGGCAAAGUCAAUUGGGAAUCGUGUAAAGGGGAAAAGCAAGCACAGUUUGAACAAAAAGGAAGACCUCGACGAAAGGGAGGAACACAAAUUCAGGACGCGACAAGAACCUGGUGAGGCUGAUCCUGGUGUGAUCAGCGAGGAUGAAGAUGAAUUUACGUUCGAUGAUCUGUCUCAUAAGAGUUCGGCAUCGUCUCUGAACGCGCCGGUAGUAGGUUCGGUAACUUCGAGUGUCUCUUCCGGUAACGACACGCAUCAUGUACCAUCUGCACCGACAAAUGCAGCCCCUAGUAAACCGCCACGAUACUCAAUGAGCUCUUCCACCACCUCUUUAUCCAAAGUUGAUAACAUUAAAGAUGAUGAAUGGGGUCUUAAGCUUUACGGAAAGCAAGUGAAUAAUCCUGUUAAAAGGUGGGAAAAUAAACAAAGUCCAAAGAUUGUAGUAGACGAGCCAAAGGAUGAACGUCGCGAAUCAUCGCCUAUAAAUUCACCCUCGUCGAAUUUGAAAUUUCAAGAAACUCCGGAACCUCCUAGCCCAGCACCGCGUGAACUUAUACAGAGCAAAAACAGGGAAGAAAAGUUUGUUUCCAACAAAGAAAAAACUAUAAGAGAUGAAAAAUUAAAGGAGAAAAAGGAGGACAAAUAUAAUUGUUGGAGUCCUAAAGAUGAAAAGCAAUUGAGAAAGGAUAGAAAAAAAGAGAAAGAAAAUAAACUGAAAGAAUUGAACGACGUUAAUAAUUUGUCUUCGGAAAGGAUUAUCAUCGGAGGCGAAGAUGCGAUUAAGAGUACGACGCUAAUCAAGAGUCACCUACCGCACGAAGUUCUUGCUCAGUUCGAAGGAAAAUCAAGAGAGGAUCUCAUAGAAUUAACGCUGCAGUUACAAGCGGAUGUAACAGAAAAGAAGAAACGCCUAAAUGACUUGGAAGAUUAUAUAGAUGCGCUGUUGUUACGAGUAAUUGAAUGCUCGCCGCGCCUACUACAAAACCCCUACCAGUCACAGAGACGUUUGUCAUCACCCGGGCAUCAAUAGAUAAUUGAACGCUCUUCCGUUUUGAUGUUUCCUGACAUUGAAGUUAAUUACGUUAUUCAGCAUAAUUAAUGAUAAUUGCAUAGCCAAUCGUUUUAUACAUAUUUGACCGUUUUCGUGGAUGGUCUCUUAUAUAUUUUGUAGCCCACGUGUUUUAAUUUAUUUCCGACUAAUAAUUUAGAAUUUUAUAUAAUUUGCACGUAGCUUUUUGAUAAUGCCGCUUUUUAAAGUGUAUAAACUUCUGUUGAAUUAUAACGUUUUGUUGUCACUUUAAUGAAGAAUUUUAUUACGUUUCGUAUUUUUGAAAAGUUCAAAAAAAGUUAGUGUUCAAAAUAAGAUGAAAACAGAUUUAAAUACUCCCCUAGUCUUCCCAAAAAAAAGCAAUAUAUCGUUGAUCCAAAAUAUGGUAUGUCCGUCCAAAGUGUGAUCCCAAUAAGAGCACCUACUAUAAUAUUUAUAUUUUUGAAUAUUUACACGAGAAUUUCUUCAUACUAUAUUGUAUAAUGUUUUCACAAAUAUAUUUGGAGAAAAACUGUUA